CAGAAUGAAUAUUUUAACCUGCUGACCCACUUAGAAGAGUUCUGGAUGCACAGUUGGCCCGGAUUGGCCGUGCUGGUUCCCCGCCCUGCCACGGAUUGGCCAAGCCUUCCAUCUCCUCUCUCUCAUCUUCCUGGGACACCUGCACUGCCCGGCUGCAGCUCCUCCACAGUGACCACAGAGGGACCGGAGGAUGCCCACGCAUCAGCACUUGGUCGAUAAGAUGAGGAGACCCUCCUGCUUUGUUUUUUUGUUCUGUGGGGUAUUUUUGCCUGGAAUCCUCAGUUUUCCACAGACAAACACCUCAAUCGAUUGUGAUUCUCUGUUACCAAACUAUGAAACUGAACCACAGACAUCUGCACCACCAUAUAUUAUUGCUGUAUCUUUUGAUAACUUUGAGCCAGGAAAUGAAAUCCAAGUGACUCUAGAAGCACUUGGAGAAGCUGGUUUUAAAGGAUUUAAUCUACAAGCUCGAGAAAUAGAUGGAGAUACUCCUGUUGGUACUUUUAAAAUUACAGAUCCAAACACCAAAGGCUUGGAAUGCCAUAAUAUGACGAAUUCAGCAAUAAGUCAUGCAAAUUCAGAUGUGAAACAGAAAGUUACAACAACAUGGAUUGCUCCACAUGAUGUUGGAGAGCUUCAAUUUAUUGCAACCGUUGUUCAAAAUCUAGAGAAUUUUUGGGUUGGAAUUCAAAGCAAAACUCUCACACCUACACAUUCUGAGUCAGUUAAUGGGACAGGAAAAAGUAAAAGGAAGCUUAUGAUAGAAGUAGAAUGUAACAAGCGUGGAGGGACUUACACAACACAAGGCCGAUGCGUCAUGGUUGGACCUUCAGGUUCUUCUCAGAGCAGCUAUUCAGGCAGUCAGGGUGGAGUAGUCUACACAAUAAGCAGCAGUGGAUGUGGCCCUGGAGGUGCUGCUGGUACAUAUGGUCAGCAUGCCUGCAGAGAUAGUGCAUCUUCAUCUGGCAUUUCCUAUGGCCAGUCUGUCCCUUCAAGCAGCUCUGAUUCCAGUAAGAAGGUAGUGGUCGUUGCCAACAGCAACCCUUUUCCACCUGUGCGUCAUACCUUCCCCCAGAGUUUGGGAAGUUCUGCUACAAGGAUCAUAGUACAGGGUGGACAAAGACAGCAAAGCAGCAGCAGCAGCAGCACUUAUAUCACGGGUUCCCAAGGCAGCCAGUCCUAUGGCCAGGGCUACAGACCUCAAGGUGGCAGUUCCUAUGGCCAGGGUGGGCCAAGUUUCUCGGGCAGCAGCAGUUCCUACGGUCAGGGUUCCCAAGGCAGCCAGUCCUAUGGCCAGGGCUACCAGCCUCAAGGUGGCAGUUCCUAUGGACAGGGUGGAUCUUCAAGUGGCAGCAGCGGUUGUGGACAAGGUGUUUCAUAUGAUAGCAAUCCCUGCCACCAGGGUGGAUCAUACUCACAAAACUAUGGUGGUAGCCAACAGAGUGGAUCAUCAUCCUCACAAAAUUAUGGUAGCAACCAGGAUGGAUCCUACUCACAAAACUAUGGUGGUGGCCAAGGUGGAUCAUCCUCCUCAGACACCUAUUAUGAUAAUCAGGAUUCACAAUAUUCCUCAGAUGAUAAUCCCAAUGCUUGUGAUGAUAAUGACACUACUUACAGUGCCAAGAGUCGGGGUUCUGGUUGUGCAAAGAAGAAAGUUCUUGUUGCCCGAGAUACAUCACACACUUUAAGCAGAAGAGCCUAUGAUGUACAGGUAAACCAUUCUCGUCACCUUUUCUGA